UAAAGGAAGUAGACUGAAAAAAAAAAGAAAAAGUUGUGUAGCGUUAAAUACUGUGACACCAGCCGAACGAGAAAAAGAGCACCAUGAAAGAGAGAUAGGGUGUGUUUUCACUGCGAUUCAACCCGAGCAGCUACCGCCAAACGAAAGCAAAAGCAGGCGGCAGGUAGCAGCGCGUCCCUCCGUCUGCUUCAGAUGCUGUUUUGAGAGUCGCGGCUGACAGCGAGCAGUCAUGAACGACAAUUUCGACCGAGCUCCCGGAGCGGGGAGAACCCGUAAUCUUCCACCGAGCCCCGGGUUUGCUGGCGGCGGUGGCGGCGGGGAAGCUGAUGCCAAAACGACGUUUUUCAACCAAAGGGAGCCGCUGAGGCAGCCGCGGACGUCCCCGCCUUUCACCGAGAACAACGUUAGCGCGACCAGCGACAUGGUCUCCGGAGACUGCAGAAGACAAAACAAACCCCAACAAAGUGCGAAUGCCAACAAUACGCCCGUCUCCAGAGGGUUUAACGACGUGGAUUCCUUGGUCAAGUCGUCAAAGCUUUCGGCCAGCGCUCCAGAGUUUGUCCCCUGUGGAAUAAACACGUAUGAAGAUCCCGCUUGUUAUGACGACAGUGAAAGGUAUUACGGCGAAGCAACGCUGGCUGACAUGGUCACAGACUUCCUCGGACACCUGAGCUCCUCACCGGGCUCCUUUGAGUCGGAUAUUGAUUACAUAACCGCGGUUCUCAAUGACUGGGUCACUACUGAAGAGCUGUUGAAGGAGCUGGUGGAGCUGAUCUAUACACAGUCGACUGCCAUUCCAAACUUCUCCUACACUGGCGCCAGGCUCUGUAACUAUCUGUCGCAUCACCUCAAUAUCAGCCCACCGAAUGGCAACUUUCGUCAGCUGCUCCUGCAAAGAUGUCGAAAAGAGUAUGAACAAAGGGAUGCAGCCGUUCGGGGAGAUUUGGAGACUCAGAAGAAAUUCCAUUCCUUCGUGCUGUUUCUAGGAGAGCUCUAUCUUCAUCUGGAGAUAAAAAGUGGGAAAGGACCUCCAAAGCGAGCAGACAUCCUCCUCACGGGCCUGAAGGACCUGAUGACCAGCCUGUUCUCUAACCCCGUGGAUGCAAAUCUCAUCUGCGCUGUCAAACUUCUCAAGUUGACAGGAUCUGUCCUGGAUGACGCAUGGAAGGAGAGUGGAAAACCACACAUGGAAGAGCUGAUCCGCAGAAUAGAAACUAUUCUACUGGAUGCUACCUGCAGCAGAGAUGUGAGGCAGAUGCUUCUGAAGCUCGUGGAGCUCAGAUCCAGUGACUGGGGCAGAGUUCGUGCUGCUGCAGCCGCCAGCAACGCCACUCCAGAAAACGACCCCAACUACUUCAUGAAUGAACCUACGUUCUACACAGAAGAUGGCACUCCUUUUACAGCAGCUGACCCAGAAUAUGCUGAGAAGUACCAGGAGAUCCUGGACAGGCAGGACUACUUCAGUGAUACUUAUGGAGAAAACGGGAAUGAUGAGUACGACUUCGACGACGAGAUGGAGCCCGAGAUAGAAGAAGCUUUUGAGAAUUUUUGUUUGGAAUCGGAAAGGAAACGACAACAAUGACGCAAGAGUCGAAACCCGCGACGGCCGUCAGACGCACACUGUGCUUUUCCCUCUCAACUCACCGGAAUGUCGAAGGAAACUAGCGUCGGAUAGGCUCAAACUUUUAUUUUCCCGCAGACAAGCAUUUUAACAACAACAACAACAACAAAAAAACAAACCGAGCUGUUCAUAGUUGCACUUCUGACACUUUUUUCAGUCAGCGUUGGGUAGAAACUGGGGACAAUCAGUGGGUUAACUGUUCGAAACGUUGGAAGCAUUCAGACUUUUUUUUUCCACAUGGAAGUUUUGUUUUUAUGGUUUUAAGGUUCUCGCGAGACAUCUCUCAUUUAUGCUUAAACUAAAUGCCAAGAAGAAAAAAAACGUGUGCUGUGAAUUUUUUUAGGGUUAUUUUUCUUAAAGGCAGAUAAGUUUAAUUAAAUGUGUGCAUACAUUGUCAGAUCCUAUGCCCCCGCGCAUAAAGUACUGGCCAAAAAAAACAAAACAAAACAGCAGUAAAGCAUUCUCUAAGAGGGAAGACCUUCAUGUAAAGUGCACUGUAGCUGUGUGAGGUGGGUAUUAUUCUACUACAUGCAUACGUAUAUCUCCUCCAGCGCCUCUGAGAAUAUAGUGCAUCAACUUAUUUCUUGAAUAUUUCUCAAAAAACAUCUUGCAGGUCAGGGUGACAAAAACUCAACUGCAAAACACAUUAACCCGAGACUGAGAGACUGUUUACCAGCAGCUCAUGGAUCCCACACACAGGAAUGUUGUUUUAUAGUUUGUAAAUAUUAUUGAUAGUAUUGUUUGCCUGCAAUAAAUUCUUUAUAAUGUGA